AUGAAACUUGAAGAGAAUCAAACUUGUCACGAGAAUUUUGAGAUUAUUGUAGCAGAACAAAUUGGGAUUUUCUGUAUGUUUUGUUUUUUAACGAACAAGGUUGAAAAUUACGACAACGACAACAAUUCGAAGGUUUCGUUGAAAGUUGAAAAGAACAGAAAGAAGCCAAACCAAUAUUUUAUUCAGAAGCUUCGAGGGGCUAGAAUUAAAACAACAUGCUUAGCUCUAUCACGUUAUAUUGGUGGAUUGAAAAUUACUUGUGCAGUACAAAAACUUCAUGAAGUUUAUAUUAAAUGUGCGAAACUUUAUGCAUGUAUUUCAACAGCAGCUACAUUCAAGUUCAAUGUGAUUUUGUCAAAUGGUUGGCCAAAUAAAGAAGAGAUGAAAACUAUUAAGGAAUUGAUCACGUCAUGUGUUAGCGCAGUCAUAAUGUAUAUGAUGUAA